AUGCCAAUGAAAAAUCAAACCACAGUGACAGAAUUUAUUCUCCUGGGACUUUCCAGUGACCCACAGAUGCAGAUUUUCCUCUUCUCGGUGUUUUUAGUUAUUUACUUAAUCACUCUGGGUGCUAAUAUAGUGAUCAUGCUGGUGAUAAGAGCUGAUUCUCACCUUCACACCCCUAUGUACUUCUUUCUUUUCCAUUUAUCCUUUGUUGAUAUCUGCUAUUCUUCAGUCACAGUGCCUUACAUGUUGAGGAAUUUCCUAGCAGAGCACAAAACUAUUUCUGUCAAUGGCUGCAUUGCUCAGAUGUUCUUUAUCCUCCUCUCAGGUACAGCUGAAAGUUCCAUUCUCUCAGCCAUGGCUUAUGACCGCUAUGCUGCCAUUUGUGACCCAUUGCGUUACAUGCAGAGAAUGAGCAAAAGGAUCUGUGUUCAGCUGGUGAGUGGGGCAUGGACCACAGCCUUCUUUUAUGCCCUUCUUAACACUGUUUUUACUCUCAAGUUGCAUUUCUGCGGCUCCAAUCAAAUCCAUCAUUUCAUCUGUGAGCUCCCUCCUCUGUUACAACGGGCCUGCACUGACACCUUCACCAAUCAAGUGGUGCUUCUUACUUCUUUUGUGAUAUUUGGGUCAAGCUCCUUCCUCCUCAUGCUGAUCUCCUACAUUUACAUCAUCUCCACCAUCCUGAGGAUACGCUCUGCAGAGGGCAGGCGUAAAGCCUUCUCCACCUGCAGCUCCCACCUGAUUGUGGUUGGCUUGUUGUAUUUCACAGCUUUUUUCCAGUACACAAAAUCCAGCUCAGUCUCUUCUGUGGUGCUGGAUGAAAUAUUCUCCAUCCAGUACAGUGUCUUGACCCCCAUGUUAAACCCCAUCGUCUACAGCCUGAAAAGCAAGGAGGUGAAAACAGCUCUAAGGAAAAUGUUGGGGAAAUUAAAGUUUCUCAAGUAA